AGUCAAGACGCAGGGUGGCGCUGCAGGCUAAGAUUGUGAAUAAAGAGCCCUAAAAAGCUUGCGUAUUCCUUUGUUGCAAGACGGAACCAAAAACACACCAUAGAAGCUUUGCCAGCAAUACUAGCUUACCAACGAGUUUGGGCAGCGGUAUACUCAAAGACGUUAGAAUUAAAAGCAACUCUGUGAGGAUUCCACUAAGCAAGAAUUCAGAAUUGAAUAUCUCGAGUCUUUUCGUGUUUGCUGAAGGGAUUGAAUGAAAGAACCCGGAUUCCAAUAUGGAGACGCUAGAGAGAAUUCAACCAAACAGGCAAGUGAUGGCCUUUAUUUUGAUGGUGUUCUUGUCUCAGACUCGCCCCGAGCCUAUUCGUUAUUCUGUGCUGGAAGAAACAGAGAGCGGCUCCUUUGUAGCCCAUCUGACCAGGGAUCUGGGCCUGGGAAUUGGGGAACUGGCCGCCCGGUCGGCCCGGGUGGUGUGUGACGAUGACAAGCAGCGCUUGCAGCUGGAUCGUCAGACGGGAGAUUUGCUUUUGAGGGAGAAACUAGACCGGGAGGAGCUAUGUGGCCCCAUUGAACCGUGUGUACUGCAUUUCCAAGUGUUCCUGGAAACGCCGGUGCAAUUUUUUGAUGGAGAAUUAUCAAUCCAGGACAUAAAUGACCACUCCCCAAUAUUCCCGAAUAGGGAAAUUCUCUUGAAAAUACCAGAAAACAGCCAGCCAGGGGCUAUAUUUCCGUUGAAAUUAGCUCAGGAUUUGGAUGUGGGCAGUAAUGGUCUUCAAAAAUACACUAUCAGCCCCAAUUCUCAUUUUCGCGUUCUCACUCGAAAUCAUAGUGAGGGCAAGAAAUACCCAGAUUUGGUGCAGGACAAAGCGCUGGAUCGAGAGGAGCAGCCUGAGUUCAGCUUGACCCUCAUGGCGCUGGACGGCGGGGCUCCACCCAGAUCUGGCACCACCAUGGUGAGAAUCCUGAUCAUGGACGUCAAUGACAAUGCUCCUGAGUUUGUGCACACUCCAUAUGAGGCGCAGGUCCUGGAAAACAGCCCCCUAGACUCCCCAGUACUUACUGUUUUAGCUAGGGAUGUAGACGCUGGAAGCUUCGGGAGUGUUUCCUACGGCUUGUUCCAAGCAUCAGACGAAAUUAAACAAACUUUCUCAAUAAAUGAAGUCACAGGAGAAAUCAGACUGACAAAAAAAUUGGAUUUCGAACAAAUUAAAUCUUACCAAGUGGAAAUUGAGGCUACAGAUGGAGGAGGCCUUUCUGGAAAAGGCACUGUAGUCAUAGAGGUGGUGGAUGUGAACGACAACGCCCCUGAACUGACCAUAUCUUCACUCACCAGCUCCAUCCCAGAAAACGCUCCUGAGACCGUAGUUUCUAUCUUCCGAAUUCGAGAUAGAGAUUCUGGAGACAAUGGAAAGAUGAUUUGCUCUAUUCCAGAUAAUCUGCCAUUCAUUCUAAAACCAACUUUCAAGAAUUUCUACACCUUGGUAACAGAAGGAGCGCUGGAUAGAGAGAGCAGAGCCGAGUACAACAUCACCAUCACCGUCACCGACAUGGGAUCCCCCAGGCUGAAAACCGAGCACAGCAUAACCGUGCUGGUCUCCGACGUCAAUGACAACGCCCCCGCCUUCACCCAAACCUCCUACACCCUGCGGGUCCGCGAGAACAACAGCCCCGCCCUGCACAUCUUCUCGGUGCUCGCGUUCAUCGCGGUGCGGCUGUGCGGGAGGAGCAGGGCCGCCUCGCUGGGUCGCUGCUCGGUGCCUGAGGGCCACUUUCCGGGCCACCUGGUGGACGUCAGCGGCACCGGGACCCUGUCCCAGAGUUACCAGUAUGAGGUGUGUCUGACAGGAGACCCUGGGACUGGUGAGUUCAAAUUCAUGAAGCCAAUAUUCCCCAACCUCUUGGUUCAGGACACUGAGAGAGAAAUUAAAGACAACCCCAACUGCAGGAAUAGCUUUGUAUUCAGUUAAGUAUUGUAUUUGGUCAAGUGAGCCUCUCCUUAAUUUUGGCAAACCCUAACUCCCAAUGCAAUGCCUUUCUUUUAAGAAAUUGUAGUGUUGUCUUAAUAUGUAUACUCUAUUCUAAACCUAUGCAUGUCCCUGACCAUGCUAAAUUUCUUUCUUUUAUUAAUAUUCAUUGCACUUAGCAUUUUUAGUUA